AUGCACACAUCGCAUGUACCAUGGCAACAGCAUCGUGAAUUUGAGGUGUGUCAGCGUCUCCGCGAGAUGGAGUUGACCGGCAGCCUGGCUGAAGCUCAACUUCACCUCUCCCAUUUGGAGCAAACGCGUCAACAGAUGGCGUUGAUUCGCUGUCUGGAGCAGACUAACAGCCCCGGAGUGUUGCUCACACCCGCUCCCUCCACGAUUUGUCUCCCCGGUGCCGAGGAGUCUGUAAAGGCCUACAGGAGUGCAAACAAGGGUCUACCAGACCCCAGUGAACUGUACAGCCCGGAUGACUUUGAGGAUGACCCAUCUGCUAGUCCGUCGUGGACGGGGCCUCGACGAAGUGGGCAAACGAGUUAUGGCAAAUCGAGACGAGGGGGCAAAGAAGCGAGUCCCACGAUUGCUGCAGCCGAGGACGGCAUUCACCAUCCUACCCUGAACGGCCCGGCGCGUAGGCCCGAAUCCCUCCUUUCAGUGUGUCCAAACCAAGGUGCCUCAACUCGGAUUACAGCCUCGUCCAACCUCGGUCGACUGGGGGCAGUCUCGAUGACCUCCAUUGAUAUGCAGGUAUCUUCGCCGACGUCGCAUCGACUCGACUGGCCGUCACAUGUGCCAGGAGCCGGUUGUCAAGGCCAGACCACCGAGUCGACAUGUACACGAGCCACUGGAGGUCGAACAAACGACCAAUUCCCCGGCGAAGAUCAUCGGUCGGGAUCCAGUGGCACGCCGGAAGACGAUCCUGUGAAGGCUCAGAGGAGGGCGGCUGGUGUUGCUCGUAUUUUGGAGAAACGAGUUCAGGCUGUGAUCUCCAGUAAAAGCAGCCGAUAG